AUGAAGAAGGACAAGGGCAUGCACCAGUACAUGGUGUGCAACAGAGAGGAGAGCACUCAGUCCAGCGGGGAGCUGGUCCUUGGAGCCGUGGCCCCGGAGCUGCUAUCGACGUUCAUCGAGCAGACGCUGCAGCCGGGCCCGCCGGUGUCUCUGCGCUGCGUGGCCUCGGGCAACCCGCCGCCCCGCUUCACCUGGCAGCUGGACGGCGCCGACGUGCCGCCGCGCGGCUAUGUGCUGGGCAGCUUCCUGGACCCGGAGGGCAGCGUGGUCGGCCACCUCAAUGUCUCGUCGGCGCGCGUGCUGCACGGCGGGCUGUACGCCUGCGUGGCGCGCAACCUGCUGGGCGCGGUGCACCACUCCGCCGCUCUCAACGUCUACGGGCCCCCCACGCCGCGCCUGCCGCGCAACCUGACGGCGGUGGCGGGCGCCGACGUGUUCCUGCGCUGCCCCGUGGCGGGGUUCCCCAUCUCGAGCGUGGUGUGGCAGCGCACGGGCGCAGUGCUGCCCUCGCACCUGCGCCAGAAGGUGCUGUCCAAUGGCACGCUGCUGGUGCGGCAGGUGGACGGCUCGUCCGACAAGGGCGAGUACCUGUGCACCGUCACCAACCAGCAGGGGCAGUCGGCGCAGGGCCGCGUCUACCUCGACGUCAUGAAGCCGCCCAAAAUAACUCCCUUCCAGUUCUCGAACGAGCUGCAGAAGGGCAUGAGGACGCAAGCGUCAUGCAGCAUCAUGUCCGGGGACUUCCCCAUCUCCAUAUCGUGGAGGAAGGACGGCGCGCCGCUGCCCCAGGAACCGGACGUGCAGGCCCAGCAGCACGAGUUCGUGAGCAACCUGCUGUUCCGCAACCUGGCGGCGCGCCACUCGGGCCACUACACGUGCAUCGCCAGCAACCCCGCCGCCACCGCCAACCACACGGCCAAGCUCGUCGUCAGAGUGCCCCCGGCGUGGGUGGCGGAGCCCCGGGACGUGUCGGCGCUGUUCCAGCAGCCGGCCAGCCUGCACUGCCAGGCCAGCGGCUACCCCGAGCCCGCCAUCUCCUGGAUGAAGGCCAGAGGCGACGAGAACGGCGACUACGCGCCGCUGGAGGCGGGCCCCGACCUCGUCAUCCACGGCAACGGGACCGUGUUCGUGCCCGCCAUCGACUCCUCGCACGAGGGCCACUACCGGUGCCGCGCCGACAACGGCAUCGGCUCCCCGCUGGCCAAGACGCUGUUCCUGCGCGUGAACGUGCCGGCGCACUUCAGGACGCACGCGGUGAACCAGAGCGGCGUGGCGGGGCAGAGCGCAGUGCUGGUGUGCGAGGCGGAGGGAGACCGCCCGCUGCGCGUGGCCUGGGCGGCGGCGCACGGCGCGCUGGGGGCGGAGGCCUUGCUGUCGGAGCGGCCCACGCCGUCGGGCCUGGCCGCGGAGCUGCGCCUCAGGCGGCUCGACCGCGCCAGUUCGGGCGCCUACCGCUGCGCCGCCUCCAACGACUACGGCCGCGACGAGAUGGUCGUCUACCUCACCGUCAAGGGUGAGCGCUACCACCGCCAGCGAUCAGGCCCAGCGCAGCCCAGGGGGAAGACACCAGCCAGCUCACCGUCCACGUACACCGGCGAGUGUAUCUGCGCCUGGAGUCCUUCCUCGCAGCAACCCGCCAUGCUCCUGCACCUUCACGCCGUGCUUCAGUUGCCGACGUGA